AUGUCUUUGCUAAACGAAAUUGAUUGUAAUCAAUUCUUGGAAAUGCAAGAGCCCAGCAUCGACACCGAUAAGCUCAGCUAUGAAAUUUUCUCAAUCCUCGAAAGCAAAUUCCUCUUCGGCUACGACGAUCGGAAACUCUGGAUUCCCAAACAGAUUUCUCCCACCGUCGAACAACCAAAUUUAGAAGUCGUAUUUCAACAAACGGCGACCGAUAAUGGCGUUCAAGCUAUCAAGAACCAGAGAGGCAAAAUCUGCAUACUCAGCAUCGACGGUGGUGGAAUGCGAAACAUUCUACCAGGUAAAGUCCUAGCCUUCCUCGAACACGCGUUGAAGCGAAAAUCGGGAAAUCCUGAUGCCAGAAUCGCUGAUUAUUUCGACGUCGCCGCUGGUUCCGGGGUGGGAGGCAUUUUUACGGCGAUGCUAUUUGCCACCAAAAAUCACAACCGUCCAGUUUUCCAUGCGGAGGACACUUGGAAGCUGUUGGCAGAACAAGGAAAACGAUUCUACAAGUCAUCUAGUUCAAGUUCUGGCGGUAAAAGCUUUCUCCGGCGAAUUUUUCGAGGUGCAGGUGGUGGCGACGCCAGUUCAGCCACAGCCGGUUUAGAGAAAGUAAUGAAGGGGGUGUUUACAGAAAACGGCCGGAGUUUGACGUUGAAAGACACGUUGAAGCCGGUUUUGAUACCGUGCUAUGAUCUCUCUUCAACGGCGCCGUUUUUGUUCUCUCGAGCCGACGCUCUGGAAACGGACAGCUUCGACUUCAGGCUCUGGGAGGUUUGCCGAGCCACCUCAGCCGAUCCGGCUUUGUUCGAACCGGUUUUCAUGAAGUCCGUCGACGGUCAGACUCGUUGCGUGGCCGUCCACGGCGGCUUAGCCAUGAGCAACCCCACGGCAGCGGCUAUUACCCACGUGCUCCAUAACAAGCAGGAGUUUCCGUUCGUGCGUGGCGUGGAGGACCUUUUGGUACUUUCUCUUGGCUCCGGUCAGCUUCUGGAGUGUAGCUUCGACUACGAUCAAGUCAAAAGCUGGAAAGCCAAGGACUGGGCUAAGCCGCUGGGUCGUAUUUCGGCUGAUGGCUCGGCGGAUCUGGUAGACCACGCCGUGGCUAUGGCCUUUGGUCAUAGCCGUAGCAGUGAUUACGUCCGUAUCCAGCUAGGGAGAGGGGCGGGUGGUGUAUUGUUUGUUAAUGGGACCACUGCUUUUAGCAUUUUCAGCGUCGUGUACAGACAUGACAACGUAGCCAAUAGGAGCAACAAUGUCGGUGCCAACCGUGAACGUUUUGUUGGCACGGGACGGGGACGGGGACGGGGACACAUC